AUGUUUGCCUAUCUACAGAAAAAAAUAAACAUACUUCUGCACCGAAGCAAACGUCAAAGGGGGCGACUUGUAUCCAAGGAUGGAAGAUGUAAUAUUGAAUUUGGAAACGUUGAGGAUAACUCUAAGAUUGCAUUUUUUUCAGACAUUUGGACAACUAUUUUGGAUCUCAGAUGGAGAUACAAAAUGACUAUUUUUAUCACCGCAUUUCUUGGAAGCUGGUUUUUAUUUGGCCUGUUGUGGUAUGCAGUAGCAUACUUGCACAAAGAUCUUCCAGAGUUUAAUCCAUCUGUAAAUCACACUCCAUGUGUGGAAAAUAUCAACGGGCUGACGUCUUCCUUCCUUUUCUCCUUGGAAACUCAAGUAACCAUUGGUUAUGGGUUUCGGUGUGUGACUGAGCAGUGUGGAACUGCAAUUUUUCUAUUAAUCAUUCAGUCCAUCUUGGGAGUUAUAAUCAACUCUUUUAUGUGUGGGGCCAUCCUAGCCAAGAUAUCCAGACCAAAGAACAGGGCAAAAACUAUCACUUUCAGCAAAAAUGCUGUCAUCAGCAAGAGAGGUGGAAAGCUCUGUCUGAUUAUCAGAGUAGCAAACCUCCGCAAGAGUCUACUCAUAGGCAGUCACAUCUAUGGAAAACUAUUAAAGACAACAGUGACACCUGAAGGAGAGACUAUUAUUUUGGACCAGGUCAACAUUGAAUUCAAAGUAGAUGCGGGGAACGAGAACUUAUUUUUUGUUUCUCCAUUGACAAUUUACCACGUUAUAGAUAAAACUAGUCCUUUUUAUGAAAUGGCUGCAGAGACUGUAUUGCAACAUGAAUUUGAGUUAGUUGUAUUUCUGGACGGCACUAUAGAAGCCACAAGUGCUACGUGUCAAGUUCGAACAUCCUACUUGCCAGAGGAAGUUCUCUGGGGAUAUCGUUUUGCACCUAUAGUAUCUAAGACAAAGGAAGGGAAAUACAGAGUGGAGUUCUCUAACUUCAGCAAAACAACAGAGGUGGAAACUCCACACUGUGCACUUUGCCUCCACAACAUGAGGGAAUCCCAAAAAAAGAUGAAGCAAGGGAUUGACAAUCCAGCCUUUGUGCUUCCAGAGACUAAUGAGACUAAAAUGUAG